GGUGAAUCUUCAUCAACAUCUGGAUCUGCUGAAAAUAGUAGUAAUGAAGAAGCUAUACUUGAUGAUGAAGAAGAAGAAAUUAAAUUGAAGAUUAAAAAAGAUUUAAAAAAAUAUAUUCAAAGAUUAAAAUAUUCUUCAAAUAUAAAUGUAUCAUCAACUGAAAAAACUAUAUUUAAUAUAUUAGAACAUUCAAUUUUAAAAUUUAGUCUUAAAUGGGGAGAAAUUAUUAAAUAUGAUUCAUCAUUAACUUGGAUGGCACUUAAUUUAGCUGAAUGGUUUCCACCAAUUCCAAAUUCAAGUUUAGUAUUAAUGGGAAGAGAUCAUUCGUCAUCAACAAACUCAUUAACCAUUGAUUUAUUUGAUGAUUAUUCAAAUUAUAUUGAUAAUAUACCAUGGCUAAAAGAUUAUUUACAUGAAUUAAUUCAAGAUGAUAAGAUUUCUAAUUUAUCAUUUCAUGAUGUUUAUGAAAGAUUAGUAUUGGUAUUAUUACAUUGUCCACCUAAAACUCAAAAGAAGAAAGAUUCUAAAAAGACUUCAUCAUCAUCAAUGUCAUCACAUACUUCUGCAUCACCUGAAUCUAAUGUCACCACUACUGAUGUUCCUCAAAAGGUUAAUAAAUCAUUACUUCCAUUAAAUGGAGGUACCAUUGAAGAACGAGUUUCAUUUUUCAUUUAUAGUUUAAGAAAAGUAUUACCUGAAUUAUCUCAAUUUUUUCAUGAAGAACAAAUUUUAACUAAAUUUGGUAGUCAAGAUGAUGAAUGGUUGAUUUGGUGGUUAAAAUUUUGUGGAUCUAAAGUGUGGUCAAAAUUUGAUAGAGGUAGAAUUUGGGAUCUCUUGUUAGGGUGGAGAUUAAAAAAUCCUAAGAAAGAUUUAUCUUAUUAUUAUGAUAAAUUAGAAAUUACGGAUAAUAAUUUCUUAACUAAAUUAGGUCCUGAUAUUUUUUGGUCAUUAAGUAGUAAUGAAGAAAAUAAUAAUAAUGAUUUAACAUCAACUGCUACACCAUUAAAAACGAGAGAAGUUUCAAUUGAUAGAAGAAAUUCCCUUCGAGAUUUAGUAUCGCAAUUAAAUAAUGAUUUAUAUUUGACUUCGGUUGAUGAAACUUCAGAAGAAUAUUCAAGACGUACAUCUUCAUCAUCAGCAAAUUCAAAUUCAACUACUGCUUCAACUAUUUCAAGUGUGACAUCAUCAAAUAAUGCUACUAUUAAGAAAAUUAAUCUUUUACCAAUUCCAUUUUCAAGAUUAGAUGCUCAUGUUGAAUUAAUAUUUGUAUCAUUAGCAUUAUUAAAAUCAAAAGAAAAUUUACUUGUGGAAUUAGAUCAACAUGAAAUCAGACAAAUUUUAUCAAGAUUACCAACUAAAUCAAUCAAAUAUAAACAUAAAAAACAUCAUGUAACUCAUCAAUCACAACAACAACAACAACAACAACAACAACAACAACCGUCUGAUUCUACCACUUCUUCGCCAACUUCCACAUCUCCAUCAACAUCAACAUCACCAAAGUUGGAUAUACCGUCUCCUGUACUUGAACCAGGUCAAAAACAUGAAAAUAUUAUCAUUUCAAAUGAUUCUAUCAAUAAUCAUAAAGUGAAUUUCAUAGAUAAUAUCAUUACGGAAGCAGGAGAGUUAUGGAGAAAAUGGUUAUGGUAUGAGAUGGUUGAAGAUAAUUAGAACAACAACAACAACAACAACAACAACAUAAUACUUAAUAAUUAAAAAAACACGAAUAUAUACGACUAUUUUACGGACCCUUUUUGCUUUUUCCUUUUCCUUUUUGCUUUUUACUUUACUUUACUUUAUUUUAUUAGACUGAUUUUAUGUUUUUUAGUGUAGUGUGUUUCUAUUGUUUUAUUUCAUUCAUUCAUUCAUUCUUUUCUUUAUUUCAUGUAUAUUAGAAUUCAUAUUAUAAAAGACAUUAUUCACUUU